UGAUUUGACUAUUAUCACAUUGCAAUUCAAGAACCUCCGCACGAGUCGUACGAAUUGAACGAUAAGAUUCCUUCGCGCACAUCAUUUCAAUAAUAUUGCUCGCAGCUGUUGCACACAAGUUUUUCGUUGAUGUUGCGCAGAAAUAUCAGUUCAAAAGCUAAAAGUUAACACCAUGACAGAAUUCACGGGCACCUCCGCGGACGAUGGGAAAUUGAAGCAAAUCUUAGCCGCUAUUAUACUGAAUCUAUCGGCAGUGACGUACGGUAUAAUAUGUGGCUGGCCCUCGCCGAUCGUACCAUUGCUGAUGAACGUGGAGAAAAAUCCAGUGAUAAACGAGCAAAUGAGCGACGAAGGAGCUUCGUGGAUCGGAAGUUUACUUUGCCUCGGGGGUCUUUCCAUAGCUCCGUUUUCCAGCAGCUUGGCCGAGCGCUUCGGUCGCAAAGCUUACGGCUACCUCACCGCCGGCCCGAUGUUUUUAUCUUGGCUGUUGAUUCUCUUUGCUACGGAUCAUAAUUGCCUCUACGUGGCGCGUUUCAUCGCCGGGGUGGCCGGCUCCAUGUCGAUAUUCAUAGUAUCCACUUACGUCAGUGAAAUCGCCAGCGAAAACAUACGCGGGCUGCUGGGCAGUCUGCUGGUCCUUGCCAUUAAUAUCGGCAUACUCUUGGCUUUUGUGGCUGGGACGUACAUGUCGUACGUUCUGUUUCACGUUUUUUGCAUGGUAUUUCCAGUGCUGUUUGCCGUGUCUUUCUUCUUUUUACCAGAAACGCCGGUGUAUUUAUUGAAACGCAAUCGUAUCAGCGAGGCCACGAGGUCACUAUUAUACUACAGAGGUAAUAACAAAGCAUUGGUGUCCGAAGAGUUAUCCCGUUUACAAGCUCAAGUUAAAAGUUCAGUCGAUCAGCCGAAUUCAAUUAGCUUGUGCGAUCUGGUAAGAGACCCAGCGACAUUGAAAGGUUUAAUAAUUUCAUUCGGACUCUUGGGCGGACAGCAACUGAGUGGUAUCUUCGCUAUGAUAAGUUAUGCCGAAACAAUUUUCAAAAUGGCUGGUACUUCUCUGCAACCAGAAGUUUCCGCUAUCAUCAUAGGAGUAAUCCAAGUAUUUAGCUCUUAUUUGUCAACGGUGCUGAUGGAAAGGGCAGGUCGACGGCCGCUGAUUCUCGUAUCCUGUGCCGGAAUGUGCAUAUGCCACUUCAUAAUCGGAUCAUUCUGUUACGUGCAAAGCUCUGGUCAUGAUUUGUCGUCCAUUUCAUUUUUACCAAUUAUCGCCUUGUCGGCCUACAUGGUUUCGUACUGUCUGGGCAUGGGCCCAGUGCCCUUCGUCGUAGCCUCCGAAGUGUUUCGCACCGAAGUAUCGAGUUUCGCCAAUACCGUCUGCUUUGUAUUUCUCUGGGGCAUGGCUUUCACGGUGAUCAAGCUUUUCGGCCCUCUAAUGUCUUUGGUUGGAAUCGAAGGCUGUUUUACGAUUCUUGGAUGCAUGUGCGCCGGAUGUUUCGUAUUUUCGUAUUAUUUAGUACCCGAAACGAAAGGACGUAAACGUGAAGAUAUUGUCAAUGAACUUAAUAAUAAUCAAGUUAAUUUUAAUACCAAAGAACAUAUGAUAGAUAAUAGCAAGGACCUUAUUAUGAGUGAAAGAGUCUAAAUAUGUACAUAAAAUAAUUUUUGCACCUAUGGUAGAAAUGCUAAACAAAUUAUGGCUUAUUUUCGACCAUCAAAAAAGUUUCUUGGUUUGCUCAGUUAACUUUGCUCCUUGCAGUAGUAAUUUUAUUGGCCUCAUCGUUAGAUACCCCUUGCAGAUUAACAGAUAAAAGUACUCGCCAUCUUCCGGUGGAUGCCUAAAGUGGUACUAUCGCAUUUAAAGUGAUUGAAAACUGGGCUAAACUUUAUGAAAUCAUGUUGUCAUGUUUGCGAAUGAAAUCAGGCCAUUUAAAUGCGCUUAAUAUUUGAAACAUAAUUGCAACAGCAAAUUCGUCAAAAACGAGUUAAAAUGGUAAUGUGUUUGAAAACUUUAUUCAUUUUUUGGUCAUUAGGCCAUUAUUAAUGGUGAGCAUUUCAAAUACACCCUCGUAUCAAAACCAUUUAGUUUUGUUAAUAUUUUGUGUAUAUAUUUUUUUUAUUUCCUAUUUAUAGAAAUUCACUGAGUAUUCUAUAUUCUUAUGCGUCCAAGGCUAGUAGCAAUAGUUUUUGUUUGCUUUGUGAACUAAAUGAUGUAACUAAAUGAUCUAUCAAAAAUAAAGAAAAAAGUAUGAGGUGAAAGUUGAUAUAAAACUAUCUACUAAAAAUACCUACGCAUACAAAUUGGACAGAUGUUUAUGUGAAUUUUAUCGUGUUUUUUUUUUGAAUAUAUGAAAAUCGAAAAUCUACAAACAAAUAAUAGUAUGUAAACAAA